AUGACACACCCUGUUUCGGUAAAAGCAUGUCUAUUUGAUAUGGACGGUCUUCUAAUUAACACAGAAGACAUUUACACUGAAACGUUGAAUGAAACUUUGACAGAAUUUGGCAAAGGUCCUUUGACAUGGGACGUCAAGAUUCAACUCCAAGGUCUCCCAGGACCGGAAGCGGGAAAGAAGGUUAUUCAAUACUACGAAUUACCGAUGACUCUGGAUGAGUACGACCGAAGGAAUGUUGCUUUGCAAUCUCUUAAGUGGGGCACCUGUGAAUUUCUGCCUGGUGCAUUGGAUUUGUUGAAGUACUUGAAAACAAAGGGUAUACCCAUCGCUUUGUGCACUUCUUCGAAUAGAUCAAAAUUUUAUGGGAAGACAGGUCAUUUAGGGGAAGGUUUUGAUCUCUUCGAUGCCAUUGUGACCGGUGAUGAUCCAAAAAUUCCGAAAGGAAGAGGUAAACCUUUCCCAGACGUUUGGCAAUUGGGUUUGAAGGAAUUGAAUGAAAAGUUCCUUACUGAUAUCACACCUGAUGAGUGUAUAGUCUUCGAAGAUGGUAUUCCUGGCGUUAAAUCAGCCAAGGCAUUUGGUGCUCACGUUAUUUGGGUUCCCCAUCCAGAGGCACAUGCUGUUCUGGGUGACACUGAGGCCUUGCUGGCCGGUAAAGGGGAACUGCUGUGCUCUCUGGAAAAAUUAGAAAAGGCGAAAUAUGGCCUGUGA